CGCUUCGCACACAACAAAAUUUACGUGUCGGUGUGUCGGAAAACCGAAAGAAGCCGAGGGAAGCCGAGGUAGCUGCGCGACAGAGGAAAAAUAAUACCCCCACCACGCGCCGCGGAAAAAUACAUUGACACAAACACAUUUGAACAAUGUGUAAAACAAUGGUUUGUAUAAUAAACGCAGAAUAAAGAAUACUGCAUAGAAUUCAACAUUGCCCACACAUACCUAAUAUGACUUUAGAAAUCAAAUUGUAUAACUCUGAUAUAUGUUUCGUCUUAUAAAUGUUUCUGAGUAGUGCAAAUGUGUGGUAUAUUAAUGUAAUUUACUUAUCUUCUUUCUGGACGCUACACCUUAUAUAAUUAAAUGCAAAUCGUAUAAAUAAAUAUGAAAAUGUUACUGACAUCAUGUUUAUUUACCGUCACAAGAUAAUUAUUUACAAAUACAUUAUAACGCUUAUCGGUAAUUAUCUACGAUAAUUUUAUUCAUUUAUCACUCCGACGAUCCAACGAUCAGAAUAUGUUACCUAUUUUAUCGUUGUAAUAUAAAAUUUUUUAUUGAGAAGACACAGUGCGUAUUGAAUAAAACGUAAUGUUUUUCACUAUCUUCUUGGGACUAGUUUCAUUUUUAUUUUUAUUACACUGCUCUAUAAAAUACCGAAGAGUAACAAGAAUUCUUGAAGCACUUCCGGGACCAAAAGCAUAUCCAAUCAUAGGAAAUUUGCUUCAACUUCAAACAAAACCUGAUAAACUUUUCGAAGUAUUAUGUAAAACGGACGCGGAAUAUUAUCCAAUCUAUAAAUUAUGGACCUUUUUUAUCUCAACGGUAGUUUUACUUCAUCCGGAAGACAUCGAGGUGCUUAUGAAGAGUCACAAGCACAUAACAAAAAGUAUCGCUUACAAAUUAAUAAGGCCAUGGCUAUCGACCGGAUUGGUAACAAGUACAGGAGCAAAAUGGCAGCAUCGAAGAAAAAUUUUAACUCCCGCUUUUCACUUUACUAUCCUCAAACACUUUAUAGUCACUUUAAAUGAUGAGGCGCGGUACCUUGUAUCAUCAGUGAAAGAACAAGGAAAGGGAACUCCAAUUAUUAAGAAUCUAGAGGAACUACUGACCGAGCAUACGUUAAAUGCGAUAUGUGAAACUGCUAUGGGCACAUCUUUACAGGGGAAUGGCGAACUUGAGUUUAAAUAUCGCAAAGCCGUUCAUGCUAUGCUCGGUAUUGUUCCAUUCAGGAGUGUAAGACCUUGGUAUUUAUUGGACCCCAUAUUUGCAUUAUCACCAAAAGGACGAUUACAAGAGGAACUAUUACAAACGUUGCACGGUUUUACGAAUAAAAUAAUUGCAGAAAGAAAAAGUUUUCACGAAGAAACUAAUGGAAAAUAUUUAAAAAAUUUGGAAGAAAUUGAAGAAAAUAUCGACGGAUACGGCAAAAAUUACAAAAAUCCGAUGCACAAGAAAAAACUUGCCAUGUUAGAUUUACUAAUAGCAGCUUCUUGGAAUGGAAAUCAAAUCGAUGAUGAAGGAAUCAGAGAGGAAGUGGAUACAUUUAUGUUUGCAGUAAGCUUCAGUAUAUUUAUUUUUUUCUAAUAUUAAGAUGAAAUG